UGCAGGAAGCUUAGCUGUUGACCAAUGGGAAUUGUGCUUGCUCUCUGGAGGACUGCAGCACACAAGUUGGUGGUUGAAGUGUUGCUGAACAGGAAGUUGCAGUGUAAACUUGACAGAGCUUCAACAGACAUGAGGGUCUCUUAUCAGACUCUAGUCUUGCUUUUCUUAGCAGGCUUAUGCUCACUCGAGAGCUAUCCGGUUCACACAUUCUUCAGCAGACCGAUCCCAGGGACUCUCCAGAACGUCAGUAAGAAUGACACUGGGGUGAAGGAGGCCGUCCUGACUGGAACCGACUCCUUUAAUAAUAAAUCCAACGAUGCCUUCCUGUUCAGAGCAUCGGCUGUUGAUGACGCAAAGAGACAGAUAGUUAAAGGAAUCCGCUAUAUUCUGGAAGUGGAGAUCUCACGGACCGUGUGCAGGAAGAGGGGCAACACUGACCUCGACAACUGUCCCUUCCAGACAGACCGUCUCUUACAACAGACAUUCUUCUGUCACUUUGAUGUCUGGUCCAUUCCAUGGAUGAAGAAAAUGUCAACAACCGAUUUUGAAUGUCGUUCAAAUGAGAUCUUCUGAAAAUAGUAUUUCACCUGAAAUGUCAUGCUUAAUUGAAUCGCAAACUGGCUGUGAAAAUAAAGUGAGGUGCAGUGAA